UUCUUCUUCUAUCUAUCUGCGGAAGAAACACGCUUGAGAGAGAGAGAGAUCUUUUCCCAAAUCCGAAGAACCCUAAAAAUUUCCGAUCUGGUAAUUUCUGCCGAUUGAAUCAAGAAGCGGUUUCUAGGUAACUGAUCGAUAAUGGGUAAUACCGACAAGCUGAUGAACCAAAUCUUUGAUUUGAAAUUUACGUCCAAGUCUCUGCAGAGGCAAGCGAGGAAGUGUGAGAAAGAGGAGAAGUCGGAGAAGCUCAAGGUGAAGAAAGCCAUUGAGAAAGGUAACAUGGAUGGUGCUCGGAUCUAUGCUGAGAACGCUAUACGCAAGCGCAGCGAGCAGAUGAACUACCUUCGUCUCUCCUCUCGCUUGGACGCUGUUGUAGCUCGCCUUGAUACACAGGCCAAGAUGGCCACCAUCACCAAAUCGAUGACUAACAUCGUCAAAUCCCUUGAAUCUUCGCUUGCCACCGGCAACUUACAGAAGAUGUCAGAGACCAUGGACUCGUUUGAGAAACAGUUUGUGAACAUGGAAGUCCAAGCUGAGUUCAUGGAGAACGCAAUGGCUGGCUCUACUUCAUUGUCGACUCCAGAAGGAGAAGUUAACAGCUUGAUGCAGCAAGUAGCAGAUGAUUACGGUCUUGAAGUUUCUGUUGGACUGCCUCAGCCUGCUGGUCAUGCCAUUCCUACCAAGACUGAAGAGAAAGUUGAGGAGGAUGAUUUAUCCAGGAGACUCGCUGAGCUUAAAGCCAGAGGAUGAUCAACGAACCUAACCAAAAAAAAAUGUGUUCGGAAACUACUUUUAUCGAGAUGCUGAUACUAUUAAUCCUAUGAACAAUGUUUGUGUAAAUCGCUCACUUUUGUUUAUAUAAAACCUUCUGUGCUUUUACAAUGAUAUUAGAGCAUAGCAUGUUUUGCUUCUACA